AUGGUCGGCGCCGGCGUGCUCAGCCUGCCGUACGCCAUGGCUCACCUAGGAUGGGGGCCCGGGUUGGUGGCGCUGCUGGUGUCGUGGGGGAUCACGCUGUACACGCUGCGGCUGCUGAUCGAGCUGCACGAGUGCGUGCCCGGCGUGCGGUUCAACCGGCUCCGCGACCUCGGCGCGCACGCGCUGGGCCCGCGCCUGGGGCCCUGGGUGGUCGUGCCGCAGCAGCUCAUCGUGCAGCUCGGCUGCGACAUGGUGUACAUGGUCACGGGCGGCAAGUGCCUGCAGAAGUUCGCCGAGUCCUUGUGCCCGCGCUGCGGGCCGCUGCACCAGUCCUACUGGAUCUGCAUCUUCGGCUCCUCCCAGUUCCUGCUGUCCCAGCUGCCCAACCUCGACGCCAUCACCGCCGUGUCCUUCGCUGCCGCCGCCAUGUCACUCUGCUACUCGACCAUCUCGUGGGCGGCGUGCGUGGCGCGCGGGCCGGUGCCCGGGGUGAGCUACGCGUACAAGGCCGGCACGGCGGCGGACUCGACGUUCCGGGUGUUCAGCGCGCUGGGGCAGGUGGCGUUCGCGUUCCAAACCAACCUCCACCAUCUCAUAGGAUCCUUUUCGCAUCAACUGAACGCCCCCCUGCCUGCUCAGUCCCGAGAUGAGCGCAGUGGUAUGUGA